AUAAUUUAGGUUUUCUAUUAAUACAAAGCGACGUUGAACUAAAAGUAUAUGGAUUGUCUACAUUUUACACAGCUUUGUGCGGACAACACUGUGACAAUAUACACCAUGAAUUGUGGAGAAUUGACGAUAAUUGAAGCUUUGACACGAAUCGGUGUUGCACCAAACUUGGAUGUCUUGCGGCAAUACUUCAACGACAGGUACACUGUCGAUACGAGUAAGAUGAACAUCCCGCAGUACCUGCUGCAUAUGUCGAAACGCGACUGCAACUUCAGGAAGCUAAUCGAUGCCAUAAAAUCGUGCUGUGAUGAACCGUUGGAAGUACAAUACUAUCCGUUGGAUCCAUUCUCCGACAUACCCGAAGUGGUCCCAAUCAAUUCCUACGAGAUCGCUAAACGAUGGAAUGCCAACACGAACCUGCGGCAGAUCAUCGAUUUCAAACACAAACACUUCCACACGCUGAAUGUGCUUGGCAAAAUAGUCAAUAUACUUCGGCAGCCAUCCCGAGGCAAGCAAACAAACCAGAUCAUCAAUAUCCCCCAGUACUACAAGAGUGGCUCCAUAACGAUAACCAGGAUAACCUGAACCGGCUUGGGCAAAUACGAUAAUUAAGCUCUCUUUGUGUACUUUCGUCUGAUCUAAGCACAGCUUUUAAAAUUUUUUGGUUUUGUACCAUCCGUCAAUUCAAGCAAGGAACCGGGUUUUACGAAGAUUCUCAGUUAGUUCUAUAUACGAUGUUCAGGCAUGACGAUAUAUGUAUCCAAUCGAAGCUUGCUGGCACAAACUAGAAGAUCAUAUAUUAAUUUAUUGAACUCCGCUUCUGCUUUCCCUAACUACUUAUAUCGUAUCUUGCGUAAAUCUUUUGUACAUGAGCUUUCAUCCUUCAACGCUAUCGAUACGUUAAAACAAUUGUAAAUAUAGAUUGUCAAAUAUUUAUUACUACAAAUUACCGUUUAGUGAACGGCAUAUCCUUGUUAGAAUGUAUACACACAAAAUGGGAAGUCUUUUAGUUCCACAUAUGGAGCUGAGAUACACCCUAUAGGUUUAGACUGUUUCUAUCGAUGUAUAUCCCAGUUUACGUGAAAAGGACGGUUUACAAUAACAAAAGGUAGCCUUGUCGUAGAGCAGGUUGAUGGAGCAGAAUGGAUUUACUAUUCAAAUCGCCACGCGCAACCGUUUAUUACUACGGGUUGUACCCAUAUUUAUUAUAUAAAACCAACAGCAGCAAUUUGUAUCACUAAAACAACCAACACAAAACUACAACCAGUAACAUCUAUCACGCUGAAUAUCUUACAAUUACCAUAUUGCUGAACAGGAAAUACAAGUUAAAAUUUAA